CUCCCUCCAUCUGCCGUCGUCAAAUCAAACCCUAACCGGAGAAAUGGGUAGAGUCAUCAGGGCACAGCGUAAGGGAGCGGGUUCAGUCUUCAAGUCACACACUCACCACCGCAAGGGUCCGGCGAGGUUCCGGAGUCUCGAUUUCGGCGAACGCAAUGGUUACCUAAAGGGUGUCAUCACCGAAAUCAUUCACGAUCCUGGACGUGGUGCUCCUCUUGCUCGUGUUACUUUCCGUCAUCCGUUCCGUUACAAGCACCAGAAGGAGCUCUUCGUCGCCGCCGAGGGUAUGUACACCGGCCAGUUCGUUUUCUGUGGAAAGAAGGCGAAUUUGAUGGUCGGUAAUGUUCUUCCACUCAGAUCUAUUCCCGAAGGAGCGGUUGUAUGCAACGUUGAGCAUCACGUCGGUGACCGUGGUUCUUUUGCUAGGGCUUCCGGCGAUUAUGCCAUCGUUAUCAGUCAUAACCCUGAUAAUGGCACUACUAGAGUCAAGCUUCCAUCCGGAGCCAAGAAGAUUGUGCCCAGUGGGUGUCGAGCUAUGAUUGGCCAGGUUGCUGGUGGUGGACGUACUGAGAAACCCAUGCUCAAAGCCGGUAAUGCUUACCACAAGUUCCGUGUUAAGAGAAACUGCUGGCCUAAGGUGCGUGGUGUUGCUAUGAACCCCGUUGAGCAUCCUCAUGGUGGUGGUAACCACCAACAUAUUGGUCACGCCAGUACUGUUCGUCGUGAUGCACCACCCGGUCAAAAGGUUGGUCUCAUUGCCGCUAGGAGAACUGGUCGUCUCAGAGGACAAGCUGCCGCCACUGCCUCCAAGGCUGAUAAGUGAUAAAACAGUGCCAUGGAUGUUGCUUUUGGUUUCAUUGUUAGUUUUUGCCAGUUUACUUGCUACUGUUAUGUUGAUCAUCAUACAUUUGGAAAGUUUUGCAGUAAUUUACUGAUUAUUGAUAUAUUGAUGGUGCUUUAUUUAGAUGUCUAUUAAUGAUC